AUGCGUAACAUACGGAUGAGGAUGCGUAUGCAAGCCGGUUGGUAUCGAUGGAGCAGUCUGGAAGAAUUCGUGGCAUACAUCUGGAGCCUUCUGCGGCGCGUCUUCUUCGAGAAGCCAGCAGUCUGGUUCUUGAACCUAUACGAUCGACAUUGGUCCUCGCGCUUUCGACGGAUUCCAGAUGUUCACGAACUUGCGAGGAGGGGCAUCAUUGGCGGAGAGUCCUUGCUGGAUGCUCCUGUUGCGUUGCCCAAGACGCGCAAACGAGCUCUUACGCAUCCAUUGCGGCCCAUGGAAUCGAGAAGCAUGCCAUUCAAUCUUCGGAGGUCCCGGCAACGAACACACGAACAAUCAAGCUCAACCUUCCUUGCCAAGUUACCAAUCGAGAUCAGGGCGAUGAUAUAUGAGGAAAUACUCGCGGGUGGAGAUAGAAGGUUGGUUCAUAUACUGCGGAAAGACAGAAGGCUGGGCCAUUGGAGAUGUAGGAUACAAGACGGGGAAGAAGUGUGUGAUGAACAAGCUCGGAGAUGUGUGGAAGGAUGGUUGUCGUACAAAACGAAAGUGUGGCAUCUAGACCGUGAUGGAUUACUGGACUUAGUGACUGAUGGCGGGCUGUUGCCAUUGCUCAUGACCUGCCGACAGAUCUACUCCGAGGCCAUCAACAUAUUAUAUUCCAAGAAUGUCUUCCAUUUCUACGAUCCUGGUGACAUUCGUCAUUUUGCGCGAACCAUCCUCCCGCACCGUCUCAAUGCCGUUCAAAGCAUAAUGAUAGACUGGGAACGCAUGUUCAGUAUAUUCAAUCGCAAUAACACUAUCCCGAAGCAAGACGACGAAGAGCUCAUGGCUUGGCGCGAAACAUGGGAAGUCAUCGCUAGGAUGCCUGGGCUGAUGGAUGUCAAAGUGGUAUUGAAGCCGCACAACUUCCAUGUCACCAGGGCUAGAAGGAGGAGGAUGUGUAGAGAAAUGAUGGGUAUUCAUGGUUUGAGGACUUUUGAUCUUGUGAUCCCUUGGGAUGACGAGACCGAUUGGGGGUUUGUGGCCGCUGCACCGUUCAGAGUUGUUCGAGGACCAAUGAGACAACAGAUGUGGAGGUAA